UGUCAAAAAACGCCACAGCACAGAACACACAAGAGAAUCACACACAAAAAGAAGAAAAUCCAACAAGGAGAACUAACCAAACCAAAGUUAUCUUCUCUAGAAUCAUUUUUUAUGGAAUCUUAUCACCUUUACAGUCAAAAACAUCAUACAAAUAUUCAAAUAUGACUGAAAACAACUCAUCAGAUUCCACCCCUGAUCCAUCGUCGUCGUCAACGCCAGCACCAGCGCCAGGUAAAAGUGACGAAGAAUUUACUAGCAACGAGGAGCGCCAGGAAGUCAUAAACUUUGUCACCGAAUUGAAAGCAAAAAUAUCAGCAAAAUCGCAGCUUCGGAAUGGAAAUUUAAAACGUGUUCUUCCUGGCGAGGAACAUUUCGCCAGACUCGACUCAAGUCUGAAGAAGAAUACGGCAUUCGUGAAGAAACUUAAACAAUUCACUGCUGCGCAAUUGGAUUCCCUCACCAAGGACAUGAAUGGUCUGAAUUUAAGCAAAUACAUUUCGGAGAUAUGCACGGCUUUGUCGGACGCCAAGAUCAAAAUGACCGAUGUGCCAGCUGUUGUUUGUUUGUGCUCCCAUUUGCACCAAACUUACGCCGACUUCGAUGCCCAGUUUCUGGAGGCCUGGCAGAAGUCGCUGGCCAUCAAACCCGGCGAAAGGAUUUCCAAUCCGAGCAAGCUGCGUGUCGACUUGAGGCUUUUCGCAGAACUCGUCAGUUCGGGGGUAAUUGGCGGCAAGCAGGGAUUAUCUCUGCUGGGCAGCGUUCUGAUGAACAUCAUUUCCCAAGACAAGGAGGACCACAGCAACUUUUCCAUCAUUCUUUCGUUCUGUCGACACUGUGGUGAGGAAUAUGCGGGCCUGGUUCCCAAGAAGAUAGUCACUCUCGCCGAGAAGUACGGCAUCGAAAUUCCCAAGUCCGACUUCCUGCCCGCCGACAAACAGCAGAAUCUCCGUACCCUGCUAAAGGACUACUUCAGAAAUCUGUGCAAGCAUCUGGUGUCGGAACAGACCGAGCUGAUGACCAUGACGAAGAACAUUCGUCGCAUCAUGGAGUCGAAGGGGGAGAUCUCCAAUGACAAAAAGGAGAAGUGUGAGCUUAUGCAAGCUAAUUUCGACAAGUUGCUCUCAUCUGCCCAGACCUUGUCCGACCUCCUCGACGAACCACUGCCUGAGCUAGCAAAAGAGAAUGAAAACGGCAAUUCUGGGACAGUUCUAGAGAGUCUACUGGAAGAAUCCACCAUGGGCGAGUUGGAUCCGUGGGGAGAUGAAGAAACCAAGGCCUUCUAUACCGAUCUCCCCGACUUAAGGCAGUUUCUGCCCAACUUCUCGGCACCCAAACAGGACUUAGAACCUCUCGAAGAGGCCAUUGAAAUGACUGAAGAAUCCCUGGACGUAGAUAUCGAUGGUGAUGUCGACGGUGAUGAUCCUCCAUCAUCCACAUCCGAUCCCUCCAACGAUGCCGAACCACAAACAGACGAAGCAGCAACAGCUCCAACUGCCACCACUGAACCAGUUCUGCCAGACAAAAUUGGCUCAGCGCUGAUGGAGGCCGGCAGGAUAACCAAUGCAGGAACGAAUAUCAAACAACAAUUUGAGCAGUUCCUGACGAACCUUAACAACUGCGUCAACAAGGAACUCAUAGACUCGGCGGCAAUUGAAUUUCUCUUAAAUUACAACACAAAGAACAACAGGAAGAAGCUAACCAAGUCUAUUUUUGGAGUUCAGAGAACUCGUCUGGAUCUCUUGCCAUUCUUGUCGCGUUUCGUUGCCAUUGUGAACCUGGUCAAUACCGACAUCGCCAUAGAUCUAUCGGAAAUGCUCCGCAAGGAAUUCAAAUGGCACAUCCGCAAGAAGAAUCAACUGAACAUCGAAUCCAAGAUAAAAAUCGUCCGUUUCAUCGGUGAGAUGGUGAAGUUCGGUCUCUGCAAGAAGUUCGAUGCACUGGCUUGCCUGAAAAUGCUUCUGCGUGACUUCCAUCAUCACCAAAUCGAAAUGGCGUGCGCCUUCAUCGAAGUCGCCGGAGUGUAUCUCUACAACUGCAAGGAAUCCCGUCUGCUCACAAAUGUGUUUCUCGACCAAAUGAUUCGGAUGAAAACCAACACAGCUCUCGACUCCAGGCACGCAGCGCAGGUUGAGAGCGUCUACUACCUGGUCAAACCACCAGACUCGGUCAAGUUGGAAAAGAAACUACGUCCGCCAAUUCACGAAUACAUCCGCCACUUGAUAUUCGAAGAGCUGUGCAAACAGAACGUCGAUAAAUGCAUCAAAAUGAUGCGUCGCAUCAAAUGGGACGACCCGGAAGUGAGCAGCUAUGCGAUUAAGUGUCUUUCAAAGGCAUAUCUGCUGCGCUUCCCGCUGAUAAGAUUCUUGGCCGAUUUGGUGUCGGGACUGAGCUCUUAUCAGGAGAAAGCGGUCACAAUGGUCAUUGAUAAUGUCUUCGAGGAUAUUCGUGCCGGUCUUGAGAUACAUUCGCCGAAGCUGGCACAGAGACGCAUUGCAAUGGCCAAGUACUUGGGUGAAUUGUACAACUAUAAGCUCAUAGAAUCGGCGAAUGUGCUGAAUACCCUUUACUCUAUUAUUUCCCUGGGGGUUUCAACGGAGGAGGGUGUUGUGUCACCUCUCGAUCCACCUGACAGUCUGUUCAGGUUGAAGCUGGCCUGUGUACUGUUGGACACUUGCGGGCAAUAUUUUACCAGUGCCCUAAGCCGCAAAAAGUUGGAUUAUUUCCUGGUGUUCUUCCAGCACUACUAUUGGUACAAGAAGAGCAACCCCAUAUUUAGCAAGGAGGACACCUCAGAUUUGUUCCCCAUCUUGGUAGAUCAUAUGUACAGGGAUUGUCUGGCUAAUGUCAGGCCGAAGUUAAAGCUCUAUAAGAACCUGGAAAAGGCCAAGGAAGCAAUUGAGAAUCUCAAAGCUGAGCUUUAUCCUCAAUUAGCCGCCCAAGCAGCUAACCAAGACGUAGCCGCUGACACUGGUCAUCCAGCUGAAACAGAAUUGGAUCCGAUUCGUGAAGACAGUGAAUUUGAUGAAGUUUUAAGUGAGGAUUCCUCUGAAUCGGAUGAGGACGAGAAGAAAGAACGCCGACGGGACGAAGACGAAGAUGACAUUUCUGGUCUGGAAAAUGUCAAUCAGAACUGGAACGAUGAUGCAGUUGACGAGAAUCCCGACGAUUUGAUUGAAAAGUCCAAGGAAGACCUGGAAUUCGAGCAGAUGUUCGAAAAAAUGGCAGCCGACAGCUAUCAGGAGCGUUUGAAAGAAACCAUCAAGCCAAAUACAAAGGACAUUCCAGUUCCAAUGAUGGCAAAGAAUAGCAAAAAAUCCUACGAUCAAAUACAAUGUAGUGGAAGUGGAAGUGGGGGCAGCAGCGCUUCCCCCAACGACUCCAAAGACAGUGCAGUGCCGUUUGUUUUGAUGGUCCGAGGUGGAAAGGGCAAACAGCAAUUCAAGACUUUUGUAGCACCCUCCGACAGCCAUUUGGCGAUAAAUCUUAAGCUUCAAGAACAGAAAAUCCGUGAAGAGAAUGAAAAAGUCAAACGACUCACACUCAACAUUACCGAACGCAUCGAAGAGGAAGACUACCAAGAGUCUUUGUUGCAAUCCCAAAAGAAUCAAUCUCAAAAUUACUACCAACGUCAAAAUCGACCAAAAUUCAAACAUCAAAAGGGUGCUCCAGAUGCUGAUUUGAUAUUCAAUUGAAUUAAAUCACAGGAGACAUGGUAACACGCAAAAGAGAACACUACUUGAUGUGUAGACAGAAGAAGUGCCGCCAACAACUCUCUCAUGUAUCUCUCUCUUGGAUGAAUAAACGAGGAGACGACAUUACUCUCAAAAAAUCAAAUCCAACCUAAACAACAAAGCAACAAGGUCUCUUCUAGUAGAUUAAAAAAAUUAAAAUCUUCGAUUGAUGAAGUCACAUAAAAAAACGUUCUUAAAGCAACCGGGUUGCCGAUGGUGAAGAUGCUGCUGAUAAGGAAGUCUUUAAGGUUUUUCUUUUGUUAAUUCUCAUGAAAUGACAUAACAUAAAUAUGCCAACAAAAAAAAAGAAAUAAAAUAUCAAAAAAUAAAGACAGAAUUUUGUAUCCUUUUUGGAAGAA